AUGGCUGAUAUUGCUGCAGCAUUUGCUCAACACGAGAUCACUCCAAAGAUCAUAGAAAAUGCACCAAAACAGAAGCUUCAUCUUUGCUGGGAUGGAAUCCAAGUAGAGCCAGGAAUGACUCUUCAGGUCAGAAACUUGAAAAAUGCUCCAAGAUGGGCUCUUCCAGGAGCUGAUCCAGAGAGCAUCUACACUGUUCUCAUGAUCGAUCCGGAUAACUUGUCGAGAAAGAAUCCAUCGGUGGCUGAAUGGCUUCAUUGGCUUGUCUGCAAUAUUCCAGCAAGUAAUAUCAUCGAUGGAAUUAAUGGAGGACAACAUCAAAUGGCUUAUGGAAGUCCGGCUCCAGGACCAAGAACUGAUCUUCAUCGUUACGUAAUUCUCAUGUGGGAGCAUCAAGGAAGACGUAUCUCUGUUCCAAAACCAAGUUCUCGUGCCAAGUUCAAUGUGAAACAAUUCAUCGAAAAGAACAAGUUGGGAGAUCCAAUUGCUGGAAACUUCUUCUUGGCUCAACACGAAGGAUAA